AUGAGAUUCUUGAAAUGGUUACCUUCUGACCAGACAAGGUUGCUCAAGUUAUCUGCAAUUAUUUGUCAGCCCACGGGGCAGCUGCACACUCAACCCAAGCCGCCAAAAGCAAACCAAGCACUAAAAAGUUGUCUUGAGUCCAAUUGUACGACCAAGACUCUUCUGCUGUUUAGAGACUUACUAAGGAAAAGCGCUUCAUGCAUUGAUAGCUUCUCUCUUCUGUUUGUCCUCCAAGCUUGCACCCAGAAGUAUUCUUCCAUUGAAGGGAAGCAAGUGCAUAACCUCCUCGUAAAACUUGGGUUUGAGCCCAUCAUUUUCCUGCAGACAUCUAUUCUGAAUAUGUACUCUAAAGUGGGGAAUCUGGGCGAUGCACAGAGUGUGUUUGAUGAAAUGCCCCUUAAAAAUAUUAUCUGUUGGACUGCCUUGAUUUCUACCUAUGUUGAUAACCAGAAGCCCAACAAAGCUCUUCAAAUGUUCAGGCAGAUGCAGACGGCAAAUAUGGAACCUGAUCAAGUUACAGUGACAGUUGUUCUUGGAGCCUGUGCUAAUCUCGGGGCAUUGGACAUGGGAGAAUGGAUUCAUGCUUAUGUUCAUCGUAAAGAAGGGCUUAAUACAGACCUUUGCCUAAACAAUGCUCUGAUAAACAUGUAUGCAAAAUGUGGGGAUAUCAGAACUUCCCGGAGAUUAUUUGACAGCACCAAGAAGAAAGAUGUAACAACUUGGACAUCCAUGAUUAUUGGGCAUGCGAUCCAUGGACAAGGCAAGGAAGCUCUCAAAAUUUUUUCCAAAAUGAAAGAUGCAAAUACGGGAAGAAAGGACAAUCAGAGGAAUGGUGGUCAUAGGAGUCGUUUGAUUCUCCCUAAUGACAUUACAUUCUUGGGAGUUUUAAUGGCUUGCAGCCAUUCUAGGAUGGUUGGAGAAGGGAAACAGCAUUUCAAAAGCAUGAGUGUGGAUUAUGGUUUGAAGCCUAGGCUUCCCCACUUUGGCUGCAUGGUGGAUCUUUUAUGCCGAGCCGGGCUCCUAGAAGAAGCCUGUGAAUUCAUUUUGCAAAUGCCAAUGUAGCCAAAUGCUGUGGUAUGGCGAACAUUGCUAGGGGCAUGCAGCCUACAUGGAAACAUUAAGCUUGGUGCAGAAGUUUGGGCCCUGUUGCUUGAGAUGGAGCCUAGCUGCAUCGGCGACAAUGUUACCAUGUCCAAUAUGUUCUCUGCGAGGGGCAUGUGGGAUCAGAAGAUGAUAAUUAGAGAGCAAGUGAAGCACCGGAGGGCUCCUGGUUGCAGUUCAAUUGAUGUGGGAAGCAUCAUUAAUGAGUUUGUUUCUGCUGAUCAUCGUCAUCCUCUGACUGCUGAGGUUUAUGAGGUUCUUGAGCACUUGAUUAUAACCAUGAAAGCCUAUGGCUACACUCCAACAACUUCAAGCCUUGCUGAAUACUAA